GCUUUCCUGUUUUCGAUUUCGCUUCCUUUGAUUGUUCUUUCAUCUACCAACUACUACUAGUAGUACGUAGUAUCAUUUCCAGGCAUCACUUUACCGGGAUAUUUUGACCUAUUAAUCUCUCAGUGAGCUCUAUUAUUAUUGCAAAUUUGGAGCCAUGGCCAUCAGCCUGCGCCUCAAUCAUUCGACCCCUAUCAUCCAACUGUCAAGGGAUGUAGGUAUUAAUAUCAUCGUGCCCCUCGGCUACCCGAGGAGGCCUAAUUUGAGCGUGGACAAUAUAUCCAUACCUCCCCGAACUUCACAUGGUCCUUAGUAGAUAGGGCUCGAGAGAAGAAAAUAUAAAAACGCAUUAAUGAUAUUCGAACUCCAAUACAACAGUCACUGUCUUUUAUUGAGGUGACAGUCCAUGAAUCACGAGAACGAUUGGCCGUGAUAUAUUAUUACCAAUACAAUCGCUACACAUCUACGUAGCCUAUACCCAUGCCGGCAACCAUGAACGACUCACGGUCAGAAAGGAGGCUAUUGGCUAAGCCUUCGAAACCCUCCAAACCAAAGGUCAUUAGAACUUUGGGUUACCUUGAGCGUUAUGAAGCAGCCUUGAUCUCGUUAGACCUAUAUCGCAAUUCCAUCCUGACGUGCCGGUACACAGUACCUCCGGCGCUGCUUAUGGUGGAUGGCUCGCAUGACAAGAUAAUGCACAGGAUCGAGGCGGCCAUGGCCCGUGUUAUUUUAGAUCAUCCCAUGCUGCGUGUGGGAAUGCGCGGCGCAAACUCCCGGAAACCUGCUUUUGUGGAGCUACAGAGUAUUGACUUCAGUCAAUUAGUGGAAUGGCGCACUUUUAGCCCCGAGGCUGAAGAUUACGAGUCCGACCUAUGGGCUUUUAUCCAGGCCCGUGUCGAUGAAAAGCCUACGCAGCUCGUUACUCUGCCAGGUUGGCGAGCGGUCGUGCUACGCGUUGAAGGUACAAGGUUUGUCGAUAUCAUGAUCGAGUUUGGGCACGCACACUUAGACGGCAUGUCUAUCAAAUUAUUCCACGAGGAGAUGCGACGGUACCUUAGCAGCUACCACGACAACGAUGACAAUUUGCAGAUAACACCAGAAGGGUUCCAGGAUCGUGUGCUCACAAUUCCAGUAGAGAAGCGGAGAGACCUACCGCCGCCAAUGCAUGAACUAUACAAGUUCUCCUUCACCACAAGAUAUACACUGUCAACCCUUUGGCAAGAACUCAAGCCCGCAGCGCUGCAUGAGAAGACCGGCAUGGAAGCUGACUGGGCGCCCAUCCGCGCCCAGCCAUUUGUUACGCUGAGCCGGGUCUUUCGCCUCCACGACAGCUUAUUACAAAAUAUACUAACUAAGUGCCGCGCCCAUAAUACUACGCUUACAGGCCUCCUGGAUACCCUCUUAGCCGUCAUCCUUGCCUUGAGACUACCGCCAGAGAACUCGCGUGGGUUCAUAGGAAACACUAUUGUAGACCUGAGGCCCCUUAUACGGAAAACGUCGAAAUACUUGCAGAGAACCAACAUCGAUCCGAGGCAUAUCAUGGAGAAUAUACUCACGACCGUCGACCAUGAGUUUAGUCCGGAGCUGGUGGCUCUUAUAAGAGCGAAGGCGGAAGAAGCCACCAAGGAGAUGGAGGGGGAAGGUCACGAACAGGUUGAAGAGAAUACCAGAGGGGCGGGAGAUUGGGAGCAAGGUUACAAGAUGCUGGCACUCGAGGAAUUCGUCUGGCUGGCGGCAGCACGUGUUCGCGCCGAGAUACAGGCCAGAUUAGACGAUGGCACAAACGACAAGACGGGUCUAUUGAAGUAUAUCUCGGACUGCCGCACCCUACACAAGGAUACGAUGAAAAAACCUCGCGCACUAACGUAUAGCGUUUCGAACUUGGGAGUCAUCGACGGGGCUCCUCCUGUCGUGGCGAAAGGGAAAGAAAAAGAGGGCAGCGUUAAGCAGGAAGGGAACGUAGAAAGAAAAGAAGACGAUGAAGAUAGGUGGACCAUCGAGCGCGCUACCUUCUCCCUCAGCGCCGAGCUCCCCCAAUCCGCAUUCUUGCUGUGUCCGGUGAGCGUCAAGGGGAAGGAGCUAUCUAUGUAUCUCUCCUGGCAGGACUGCACCAUCGAUGCUGAGCUUGGAGACGCGGUGACGGCGGACUUGGAGACGUGGCUGAGAUUCUUUGGGAGGGAAGAGGAUUGAGUACGGGAUGGGAUGUAUAUACCUGUAGCGUGUGUUUUUUGACUCCGCGGGAUUUGCUUAGGCGUUUGUUCAGGGGUUUGCUCAGGGGGGGUUGGUGGAUUUGGGUAGGGUAGGGGAUGGUGUUGGCGUGGUCAAAAACAACUUGUCUUGUCGGAAAAUAGCUAGCGCUGGAGGUUAGAUACUUGGUCUAGUUUAGUGGAGUAUUUACAAAAAGAAAAAAAAGAACAUCCAUGGAUGUAGUGUUUACUACCUAUCUGUGUAGGUUUGGGUGUUGUCGGUAUUUAGAUUCAUAGUGUAUAUAUAAUAGCUCGUCUUAUACGACGAGGAUAUAAUUACGUAAUAUAAUAUUUUAUAUGGCGGUAGGUAGGGGUUUACUACCGCCAUAGA